GUGUUUUUGCUGCGUCUCCAGUGUGGCUUACAAAUAGAGACCAGUGAGCUACUUUCCUGACUCAAGGCUAAAAACAUCAACAUUAUAUUUUACUAAUUAUUCACUCAUUUCGUUUUUUUGCUGGACUAAAUCUGCGGUAACAAAGCUUCGCCACCGCUAUAAACUUUAUUUCUACCAUGGUCGGCGUUAAAGUGAUCGGGAGUGAUCAGGAUUUCCUACCGGAGCUAGCGGCCGCCGGCUCCAGGCUCGCGGUGGUCAAGUUCACAAUGGCCGGGUGCCGGCCAUGUGUCAGAAUAGCUCCAGCGUUUAACAUGUUGAGUAACAAGUAUCCACAAGUUGUCUUCCUCGAAGUCGAUGUCCAUGUCUGUCAGGCAACAGCGGCAGCCACCAACAUAUCAGCCACGCCGACAUUCUUGUUCUUCAGGAACCGGGUUAAGGUGGACCAGUAUCAGGGGGCGGACGCUGCGGGUCUGGAGGAGAAGAUCAAACAGCGGACGGAGAAUGAUGCAGGAAACGGCGAGGACUCCGACAUUCCAAAGGGAUAUAUGGACCUCAUGCCUUUUGUCAACAAAGCUGGCUGCGAGUGCCUCAAUGAGAGUGAUGACUGUGGCUUUGACAACUGUUUAAUUAAAGAUUCUUCCUACCUGGAAUCAGACUGUGAUGAGCAGUUGCUUACAACAAUCGCUUUCAACCAGCCCGUGAAGCUCUUCUCCAUGAAGCUACAGUGCUCAGAUUUUGCCCAGGCUCCUAAAGUGGUGAAGGUGUUCAUCAAUCUCCCACGCUCGAUGGGUUUUGACGAUGCAGAGAGGAGCGAAGCCACACAAACUUUGGAGCUGUCGGAGGAAGACUACAAAGACGACGGAAUCAUCCCUUUGCGCUAUGUCAAGUUUCAGAAUGUGCAGAGUGUAACGGUGUUCGUCAAAUCAAACCAAGGAGAUGAGGAGACUACAAAAAUCAACUAUCUGACUUUUAUUGGCACUCCAGUACAGGCCACCAACAUGAACGACUUCAAAAGGGUUGUGGGAAAGAAAGGAGAAAGUCACUGAGCGGGGACAAGAAGGGAAAGAGGAGGAGGAUGCAUCCAGGAGGAUGCAUUAAAAGGACUUUGCCCUUUGCCAAAGCUACCACACUUCAAGCAGACAUUGAUAUACACACACAUAGGCACAACCUCCUCAACCUCUGAAUUAAUAAAUUGUCAUUCUCUCUGUCUAUAAAUCAUUUAUAUUGUAAUUCUAAUUAAAUCCCCCUGUAAAUAAAACUGUCCUUUUUCAAA